AUGGAAUCGCUAAAAAUCAAGGCCGGAGGAGAAGAAUCCGCAUCCCUAUCCAACGUCGUUAAUGCCGUGACCUUUGGGGCGCUUACUGGCGGUGGAUUCGUCACUGGAAUCAUUUGCAAUACAAUCGGUCCCCAGUGGGUUCUGGUUUUGGGAACCCUAGGCUAUGCUCCAUAUUCGGCCGGGCUCUAUGCAAAUGCAGCUUUUGGAAACAAAUGGCUGCCCAUUCUCGGAGGGUUAACCUGCGGCAUAAGCGGGAUAUUUCUGUGGACUGCGACUGGUGCCAUUAAUCUUGUUUAUCCUCCGGUCGAUCAACGAGGCCGCGCAGUCGCUGCCAAGUUCACGUUGCAGAAUCUCGGCGGAUCCCUGGGUGGUAUCAUCUCUCUCGGACUCAAUGCGAAGAUGAACCAUAGCGGGCGUGUGUCGGACUCCACUUACUACGCCUUCAUAAGUAUCAUGUGUCUGGGUCUUCCGGCAGCCCUGGCAGUCCCUCGACCGGACAAAGUCAUACGGGGCGAUGGCUCACGGGUGACGCGGUUGGAAUACUACAUGUGGACAUGGAAUGCUGCGUACCACAGUGUCCGAGCUAGGGCUCUUCUCAGCAUCCUCUUCUAUCUCAUCGGCCCUACUCUCAUCGGCCCCAUCCAAGGCUACCUCCUCGACAACCCUAAAUGGCGUCGUCAAUCCCGCGCUCGAUACGGCGUUGUUUCAUUCACGGUCAUCGCGCUCCUGACAUGGAUCUAUGGACUUGUCGUCCAAUACCAGUACGACAAGCGCAGUCCCACGGCACCGGCAAUCGACAUAGUCGACCCUGUCUUCGCAAAAUCAUGUCUGCUAUUCAUUGUGUACGGGCUGAUUGAAAACUCGGCCAUGAUCAUCGGGUACUGGAUCAUUGGUUCACUUGGCUUGGAUCCGGGAGACGUCGCUGCAUUGGUAGGACUGGCCACAGGCAUCGGCUCAGGAGGGUCAACAGCAGCCUUCAUUCUCGGUGCAUGCAAUGUACCCCUGAUUCGGCAGCUCUGGGCGAACGUGAUAGCAUUCCUCGUCGGCGUCCCGGGACUGCUGUACGUGGGGUUCUUUCAUAUCGCUGACGAUUCCACUAUUGAUGCUAUUACUACUGCUCAUUUGAACUCGGAUGAUGAGAAAGAAACGCCAGACCCCGAGAAGGGGGCGCCGGUGUUGGUCAGGGUGCCUUCUAGCUGA